AUGAAGAGGUUGGACUUUGGACGGUUGGUUGAUGUUGUGGAGUGCUCUCUUUUGCAGCGACGUGAGGUGGUGGAUUCAGAAGAAAUUGCUGAAGCAUUUGGGAUCGACAUAACUCGCUUGCACCUCACAAAGCCUAAAUCUUUCUCAAGGAUGAACAAUACAGAAGCCAAGACAAUGCAAGACGAAUAUUGGCACCCGCACAUUGAUAAGGUGACAUAUGGAUCAUUUGACUACACUUCAUUACUCUACUUGUCUGACUACAAGAUUGAUUUUGGAGGUGAAUUUGUGUUCGUUGAUGAGCUUGUUAACAGAACUGUGGAGCCGCGAAUAGGUCGAGUUUCGUUCUUCACAUCUGGCUCCGAAAAUCUUCGCCACGUGGAAAAGGUAUCACGGGGCACCCGGUACGCCAUCACGUGUGAUCCUAUCCAUGCCAUUCAAGACCCUUCGUUACCAUGAACUGGUUGACUGCCUGAAGAGUUAAGGACACACAUCUUAUUCCUGGAAAGUAUUUCAUGAAAACACAGCCAUUAAUCACUUACACAUUUUAACUAGUAGAAACAAAGAACUGCAGAUGCCGUUUUAUACCAAGGAUCGAUAUAUCGCUGGAGUAACUCAGCGAGUCAGGCUGCAUCUCUGGGGGGGAAAAGGAUUAUGUCACGUUUUGGGUCAGGACUUUUCUUUGAACUGAUCCAAAACACCACAACCUUUUUUUCCAGAGAUGCAGCCUGACCCGCUGAGUUAAAGAUGGGUCCAGACCCAAAAUGUCACCUAUUCCAUUUGCUCCAGAAAUGCUGCCUGACCCGCGGAGUUACUCCAGCCCUUUAUGUCAUUACAUUUUAACUAAGAUAGAUUUCCCCCAAGAUGUAUGUGUUUGUAGGUCAAUUGGCUUCUGUAAAUUGCCCCCAAUAUGUAGAGAGUAGAUGCACAAAGUGUGACAACUUAGAACUUGUGUGAAUAGGUGAUCGAUGGCCAGCAUAGACUUGGUGGGCUGAAGGGCCUGAUUCCAUGCUGUCUCUCUACUAAACUAAUAAUAUAAUGAUUGUACGUAAAUAAAAGAAGAGGGGGUAAUACAGUAUUAAUAAUCAAUUGGGUUCUGCGUCUCAUAUCAGUAUUUCAAGAACAGUAAUUUUAAAGGUGUAUGUUUUUGUUAAAGUACUGAAUAUACUGUUAAAGUUAAGAGUUAAUGACCAUAAGGACCGAUUGGUGGAUAUUAGAUCUUUUUGUUUAGUUGAUAAAAUAUUGAACAAUUAUUUGAUUUGGUAUUUGAAAUUAUUAAAAGGCUGGACAAAUAUUGAAUUGAUGAAAUACUGACUGAUGAAAUACUCAGGUUAUUAAUUGAUCGACCAAAUAGUUAUUAACGGAGUCAUUUUUUAGCACUACGGGAGAUUCUAAUAGAGGAUUGAUGGCACAAGUAACAAAACAGCUGCCUAAAAGCAAAAAAACCUGCAGAUGCUGUCAAUCUGAAAUAAAAAUGAUUAUCCAGAGGAACUUGACAUGGAUCGAAUACUGAUGAUUGUUAGAAUCUCAGUUUCGACAUAAUUUUUCACUAUUUUUUUCACUUUUCAUUGAAGUCUACAAGUAUUAGAUAUAAAACCUUUUGCUUUCACACAAUAAGAAAUAUAUAACAUUGUUCAUACAUUUCUUCGUUUCAAAAUGAUUUCUGGUCAGCACCAUUCAAUUAAGGAGCCUUUAAGACAUUUUCAGCUCCAGAAACAAUUGUCAUAUCAACCUCUGGUCGUGAUUGUACCCAAAUAGAUUUGAUAAGAAAAUCUAGGUAAAUAAAUGAUGUUUGUUGUGGGU